AUGCCUGAGACUGCCCUGGAAUCUUCGACUGCUUCCCGUGGACGAAAUGCUGUAUCCAAACCGCUGAGUGAAUCAGCCAUGGGCAGCUCAUCGAAGUCCAAACCAACGGCAUCGCGGUCGGGCAGUGCUGCAAGCAAAUUAUCUCGUGCACCGAGCGCGACUUCAAUUUCAUCAAAGGCAUCCAUUGGUGUCUCUACACCGACUGGCAAAGCGAACAGGGCACCCUCAGAAACUGGAUUCAAAGUAACCAAAUUGAGUUCGACUACGGUGACUUUGCAGAGUACCUGGUCCCCCAAGCCUUUGUCAGACCCACCAGCCAUAUCACCUCCUGUCGGGGACCCUUCGACGACAAAGACUACCGACCCCUUACAGGUUGCAUCUCAGGUGUACCCAUGGACGUAUAUGUCAUCCACACUCGAUGCCUGCUUCAAUGCGGCAGAAGCAAGUGCUACCAAUGCUAUUGAAACUCGUGCAAAAGAGCUUGCAGCCGAGGAGUCAGAAAUUUUUGAACAGUUGGAUCGCAUGGAUUCGGAACGAUCAAUUGAAUUCUAUGACGGGCUAGGAACUGACGUGUUCGCAACAGAAGCCCCAGCAAUUAUGAAGCUGUUCCACUCCAACGGCGAUGCUUGUAAUCGUAUCGAACUUGAAGCUUUAACGUUGGUGUCGCGAGACACACCUGAUCCUCCUGAAGAUGAACCUCUUAAAGUAUAUCAGGAUAUGCUCCGUGAUCUAGAGCAAUUGCACGCUGAAGCCACGUCGUUACAAAGCUCCAUCAUAAAUUUGACGAAGCCCCUCGAAAAUAACACUGACGAAGGAGACGACGAAUCAGCUAAUGAUGGCGAUGUGUCUUCAGCACGUUCACAGGUUAAUGGAGUCUUCUCUGCAUGUCUUCCUGUCCUGAGGGCACGCCUUGCCAAUCUCUCCAUGGCUCAAGAUCUCAUUGAUAGUGCUCUUGAGAAUGUCAGUCUCGGAUUGCGUAUGGAGAGCAUGGGGUUGACCGAUUAG